ACGCCACUGUUUUAAAACUGAAUGUAUUCCUAAGUCCACUGUUGAACAUCAACCUAAAAAGUUGUAAUAAUUCGUAGUUAUUUGGAACAAAAUUGAUUCUUCAAUAUGACAAUCUAUAUAUGAAAUUACCGAGAAAUUUAUAACAGAAAUGUGAAUUGUAACAUGAAAAACCAUUGAAUUAUUUUGGUAAAGCAUCAGAUAUCAUUUCACGCAUUUCGACUUUCUAGUAAAAGUACAAAAUUUGACCUCCUUUUCUUCAAUAUCUAUUGCAUUCAAGUGCCAGCUGUUUUUGAGUGCUGAUCAUGCUAUAACAAAAUAGUUAAAUAAAAAAUUGAUCAUGCCAAAUAGGAACAAAAUUUUGGUUGGUGCUGGAAUAAUAUGGAGUAUUACUCUUUGUUAUCUCUUUAUUAGUCGCAAACUUUCACACUCAACGACACUGUUAAAUUUUAUUCCUGGUAUUUUAUUUUGGAAACAAAAAAUGGAAAACGAUGAAGAACAAAAAUGCAAUGUCAAAGAAGCUAGCACAUCUGUACCUGUAGGUUAUCAAUCUGAUUCUCAUCUUGAGACAGAAGAAGAAACUGUAAAAGGGCCAAAAACAUCAAAUUUUAUGGUAGGUGGUUUAAUAGGAGCAUCACCACCAAAAUUUGUUUCUCUUGAAGAAAUUAUAAAAGCUGCAAAUGGCAUGAAGAAUAUGGCAUUAGCACAUGAAAUUGCAGUGGAUAAAAAUUUUCAGUUGCAAAAACUGGAACCUGAUGAUGGCACAUUUCACAGGAAAGUAAAAGAAAUUAUGCAUAAAGCUUUUUGGAAUUUAUUAGCAGAACAAUUAGACGAAGAUCCUCCAAAUUAUACACAAGCAUUGGUUUUACUACAGGAAAUUAAAGAAACAUUAGAUGAACUAGUAUUACCACAUCAUGCAAAAAUUCGAGAAAAUUUAAAUGAAGUACUUGAUGUAAAUUUAAUUAAACAGCAAGCAGAAAACUGUGUUUUGAACUUCCAUCAUUAUGCACAAUAUGUGAUAUCUAUUAUGAGUAAAAUUUGUGCACCAGUAAGGGAUGAAAAAAUUCGAGAACUUAGUCAAAAAACAGAUGUUAUUGAAAUAUUCAAAGGAAUAAUGGAAGUAUUGCAAUUAAUGCGUCUUGAUUUAGCAAAUUUUACCAUUACUAUGAUGAGACCAAAUAUAGUUGCUUCAAGUAUUGAAUAUGAAAAAGCCAAAUUUGCUGAAUUCUUAAAAGUUAAUACAAAUGGUCUACAAUUUACAAAAAAAUGGUUGUUAAGGCAUUUUGACUCAAUAAAUGUUUCAAGUAGUUCGUCUGACAUUAAUACUGUGCGUCAGCUAACACAUUGCCUUCUAACUGAAGCAUAUCUUGACCUUCUAGAAUGGGAUUUUAGUCCAGAUGCAGAAACUUUAAUGCUUGAUCAAAGUAGAUUACUGGAAUUGCGUGAUAAGACCAGCAGAUUAAGCAUCAUAGGAUCUGUAAUAUUGCUGGUAAACAAUGCAGUAGGUGCACCAAUUCUCGGUGUAUCAAGUUUUAAGAAGAAUAUUAAACAACAUCUUAAUGUAUUGUUAGAUUCUGUACAUUCAAAUAAGGAUUUGGAAAGUAUAAUGCCAAAUAUUGUAUUGCAAGUAAAAACAGAUUUAAAAGUAACAUUGGAAGAAAUUAAUGCUACUCCAUUAUCUUCAGAGAUAGAAACAUUAUUAGAAGGCCAAAUAUUGGAUCUUAUUAAUCCAGAACAUAAAAUAAGACAUCUUAUAAAUUUAAGAAUUCGACAAUUUUUGCAAAAAAUAAUAUUAUCUCAAACUGCGACACCUCAACAAGUUCCACCUGGACUUUCAUCAUUACAAGAAGAAUUAACAGCUAUAGUAGCUCAAUUUUUGAUACUUAUUUCUCAUAAUCGAAGUGUAUUUGGAGAAUAUUAUCAAGAAAUAGUUACUAAUACACUUAUUAAAAAAGAAACUGAAAAUAAUAAGGAUAUGAGUGCAAUUCAUACCAUGGACUUGUAAAACAAUUAAGAUUUCAAAUCAAUUUUUGUAAGGGAAAUAUUAUAUUAUGUGUUCAUAAAAUAGCACAUUAAUUAAAAAAAUAAGUGAUAUAUAUAUCUUAAAGUAUACUGCUUACAAAAAUUAUGGGAUAUUUCAAAAUGAAAACGAAGCGAUAAAAAAAAGAAGCACUUGAUUUUUUAUUAAACAAGAAUUAGAAAAGCAAACGACAAGUCAAACAGAGUUGUUCUUGUUUAAUAAAAAAAAAUCAAAUGCUUCUUUUUUUUAUCGCUUCAUAUUCAUUUUGAAAUAUCCCCUAUAUUUUUGUGAGCAGUGUAAUAAUUCGUUUUCAUAAGUUAAGUUUCUUAACAAAAAAGUGGGG